AUUUUUUUUGCAGGCACCUCUUAAAACAACAGCUAGAGAUUUCUGGACUAUGAUAUUACAAGAGAAUGUACGUUAUAUUUUUAUGCUGUGUAACAUCAGGGAAAAUGGUAAAAAGAAAUGUCAUGUGUACUAUCCAAGAAGUGAAGGAGAACAAGUUCAUUUUGGUGAAAUCACUAUUACAAAUAUGAGCAUCGAAGCAGGGGAACCGACGACAACAACGCAGCUGCAAGUUGAGAAAAAAGGCACAAAAUUACUUCUCUCGCAUAUUCUUUGGGGCAAAUGGCCCGAUCAGGGAGUACCACUGAGUGAAAUGGUACCGUUCGAAAUUAUGAAACUCGCUCGUAAAUCGACGGACCGUCCGUCUGUGAUACAUUGCUCAGCAGGUGUCGGGCGUUCCGGUACAGUGGUUGCUAUUGAAAUGUGUCUGCAGACACUUCUCCACCGUCAACCACUAAAUUUAAUGGAAGUGUGCAAAGAACUCAGAGGUAUGCGUGCGCACAGUGUUCAGAUGGAUAUACAGUAUGCGUACAUUGUGAAGUGUUUGCUUGCUUAUGGUUGGUGUUGCGGUCUAUUUCUUGGCAAUCCAGCUCUAAUUCAGGUUCGGUUUUACACACAUUUAACAGGUGUUCCUCCCAGCCAUCGACUUUCUUUAGGACCACAGCAUUUUAAAGCACAACGUUGUGGAGUUUUCCAUCUGUGAUU